AUGGGUUCUGUUAAUGGGUUGAUUGGUCUUGCCAUUGAAGAAGAAAACUUCUUUUUCUGGAAUCCAUCACUUAGGCAGUUCAAGAAAUUUCCUACAGCUAAAUUGAAGCUGCCUGCAGGUAGUUCUCAUAUAUUCAUGUAUGGUUUUGGGUAUGAUGAGAUCCAUGAUGAUUAUAAGGUAGUGGUAGGUUGGCAAUCUUUUUAUCCAUAUCAUUAUGAGGUCAAAAUAUAUAGUUUGAAUAGUGAUUCUUGGAGAAGCGUCGAUGAUUUUCCGGGUGGGAGGCGAUACAUGAAGUCGGAAAUUAAGUUGGGUUUGUUUGUGAAUGGGAAGCUUCACUGGGGUAAUAAUAUUACUUGUAGUUGUCGGGAUACUUGUUCUCAUAAGAUAAUUGAUUGGGACAUCAUAUCUAUUGAUCUGGUUGACGCGAAAUGGGGAAAGGUGGAGAAACCUUGUUAUGGAGAAGGAGAUUUCACUUCUAAGCUCGGAGUUUUGGGAGGUAAUCUUUCUAUGUUUUGUAAUUAUCAGAGUCAUGCAGAUGUUUGGGUUAUGAAGGAGUACGGGAUUAAAGAAUGUUGGACAAAGAUAUGUGCCAUCAGUCGUCCUAAAUCUCUUGUGAUGCAUAAGUUUAUUCCACCCUUUUUCCUGUCUAAUAAAGGUGAACUUAUGUUUGUGUUUGAUUCAAUUUUCAUCAUCUACAAUCCAAAGAAUGACUCGACCAGAUAUUCAAAGGUUACUGGCUAUAAUAAUUUUGACCCAUAUGUCUAUAUUGAAAGCCUAGUUUGGCCCUUUUUUGCUAAAGGUACCAAGGAGGCUAAAAAAGCUCAGAUGAAGACUACUGUAAUUUAA